CAAUAUGGCAGUAGGAUGCACAGCGAAGCCACUAAAAUAACAUAAUAUAUUCCUACUCGAUUUUUAGUACGAGCAGGCAGAUGUAACCAACCAAUGCUGCUGAAAAUGGAAAAACUCAAGUUACGUUUUCACAACUACUUGAAAAAAAUCCUUAUAGAGGAGCUUGAUUUUUCAGAAGAGAUAAAAUUUCAAGUGUCUUCAGAUAUAUUUGUGGACAAUUUUGAGAAAAUUUCUUUUUUAUGGAAAGAUCAGUUUUUGAAAAGUACUCACAGGGAAGAUUUUCUUCAAAUCCAAAGAACAGUUUUACAAGAUGUAGUCGGUUGUACAGAGUUAUCUACCCUACGAGAUUUGGGACUUGUAUUUCUGAAGCCACUUACGAAUGCAGAGAUACAGACUGAACCAGAUAGUUGUGUUCAUGUAGAAAUCCAGACUGAUCAUGAUCAUGAAAGAGUUUGUAAGACAGACAGACUGGGACUUCAAAAGGAAAUGAGAAUUUGCCAAGAUGUUUGUACACAAACAGACACACAGGAUUUGGUUUCACCCCAGGUGGAGCAAGCUGUCGGUACAUCUUCGAUCAUUCAAGAUUCUGUGUCAGACUCAUCGCUGGACACUGGUCAACCUGCAGUUAGUCCUCCAGACAAAACUACAGCACCUCCACCUGGUAAACGAUUAAGAAAAUUGACGAUUAACCUGGUAUCAAAACAGAUCAAAACAGAAAAAAAAUGUGAUUCAGACUACGAACCCCCAGAAUUUGGGGAAACAACAGACGAUAAUUCAGAUACCGGUGAGAAUCAAGACGUGGUGGUCAUCAAACCAACACCAGUGCUCUCCCCAGACGACGAGAAAUUGUCAACAUCUCUUCGACAGGAAGAGCUUACAUGUCCACUGUGUCCAUCCAAAUUCCGAAGUCAACAAGGAGCUGAGAAACAUUUGAGAGUGAAACAUGAUAUUGGAAAUGUUUACAUAUGUAAAAUUUGUCAGGAUAUUUGCCCGUCCAAUACAGCAAUGCAUGAGCACAUGACUAUAAAGCAUGGGGUAGCAGACUUACCUGUCAUCGAUAAACGUAGGAAAAGAAAGAGAAAAAAUUUGCCGCAGACCUUUAAAAAAGCCAAAGUUUCACCUAUUCAGAAACCUGUAUCAAAGCUAAAAUCUAAGACUAAUCGUAAAAAGAGACCAGGUAGGACUGUUGAUAAACCAGACGUGAUCAAACAUAAAUGUUCCCACUGUCCAAAACUUUUCAAUGCAGUGAGCGCCAUGCAACGCCACAUGCGGGCAAACCAUCAAUUUGCGACGGUGCAGAAAUGCAACCAGUGUUCCAAAACCUAUCUGUCAACGCGAGCUUUACGGCGACACAUCACCACUACGCAUCAGUUCUCACGGCACCAGUGUGAAUUAUGUGGGAAGGAGUUCACAAGUAAGGAAUCCCUUUAUCAUCACAAACGGGGACUGCACAGCGAUAACAAACCCUACAAGUGUGAACAGUGUGGUGCGUCUUUUAAUUUCAAUCACAGUCUGCGACUGCAUCAGUUAAAACACAGUGGAAAACGUCCACAUAAGUGUACACUGUGUGAUAAAAGCUAUCUCACUUCAAAUCAUCUUAAAAUGCAUGUUGAAGGAGUCCAUGGUAACAAGAAGAAAUAUUCCUGUAGUAUUUGUGGUAAAGCGUUUUCCUACACGACCAGUCUGCGUGUUCACGAGAUGUCCCACGGUAAUAUUCGUCCCUACAAGUGUAAGUCAUGUGGGCUUGGCUUUAUCAAUAGUCAUGCCCUGAAAUACCACACGGAAUCCAAACAUGCUGCUGAUGUCUGGUUUAGCUGCGAUAUUUGCGGCAAAGAUUACAAAACAGAAUUUCUAAUGAAGACACAUCGCCGCCGCCAUACUGCGGAUGGAACCCGGUUUAUGUGCGACAUAUGUGGACAUCUGUUUAUGUACAAAAGUACGCUUGAGAUCCACGCAGCUGUGCAUAGUGAAGAAAAGGCAUUUCAGUGUAGUACUUGUGGAAAAUCAUUUAAAACCUACGCAACAUUAUACUCACAUCAGUAUGUUCACAAGACAGAAAUGCCAUAUGAAUGUCCAGACUGCGGCAAGGCAUUUAAAACAAAAGAGAGGUGUAAGGCUCACCAACGGCGCCACCUGGGACUCAAACCUUUCGACUGUGAUCAAUGUGGUCGUUGUUUUCCUGACAAGGGAGGGCUCACUAAACACAAGAAGACUGUACACUGCGUGGAGAAGAAACAUGUUUGCACCUAUUGUGGUAAAGCAUGCUCAAGGGCAGAUAACUUACGUGUGCACAUGAAAGUACAUGAAAAGAACACAACAAACCAAAGCAAAAAUAUUUCCGGGUCUGGACCUGGUUUGUCAACUCCUGUUGUGAGGAAAAGCCGAACACUUCCCAAGAUUGAUGUCAAACUGACGACGCCCUCUGUUGACCAUCAGAUGGAAUCUGUUCCAGUCUACAGAGUGGAGAAUGAACUUGACCGAAUAACCUCAGAACAUGGUUAUGAACGCCUGAUAGAGAAUCUUAUAGAUAGAACUAUGGAUAAAACAGGCGAUCCUAAACUACCCUUUACCCAGACCCGGCCAAAUGUGGGCGGGUCUGCUCCUCCUCCAGCGUCCACGACCCCGGGGGGCGAGAGCCUUGUGAGCAACAUUUCUCCCGUCCCUAUAUCUCCACCCCUCCCUCGAGUGUAUGCUGACCCAGGUCAUUCCUAUGAGUCUGAGUCGGCUUCCCACAUUGUGCCCCUUCCUUUAGCUAUGACUUCUCAGGAUGGGCCUGCAAGCCUUCAGCAGACUCCUCAAGGGAUCGGCACACCACUGCCUCCUAACAGCACAACGCUGCCACCACCACCACCUGCGGCUCCUUACAUGUAUAUGUGGCCUUACAUGCAUCAUUCUAACCAGAAUACCAGUCAGUCCCAUGAAAGCAAUUUUUACUGAGUUUGUGUAACUUAGCAAAUGUGUUCCAUAUUUAUUCUGCAGAAAGCCUAGAGGACCAAUAUGUCCAAGAUCAGGGGAUGGGCUUAUUACAAAUGCAUGAGAUGUGGAGCAGAAUACUCCUUCUGAAUUCUUAUUAGUGAAUACAUUCUAUAUGAUGCAUGAAGUCCAGGAGGGUUUGGGGGCAAGGAGGGGAAGACAAUUCUGUUGACAUCUCUCAUGGUUCAGGGCUGGGCUUAUUACAGGAACAGCACAAGAUUUAAAGAUUUAUGUUGCAAUGCAAUCCUUAAUUCCUUUUUCUGAGUAAGUGCUGGCAUAUUCUGUAUAAGAGUGGCAAUUAGCCUGUGCCUGGUGAUAAGCCAAUGUCUGGUAAUAAACCCAUAUCUGGUAAUAAGCCCAUAUUUGGUAAUAAGUCCAUGUCUGACAAUAAGCCCUUCAUAUUGGUGUUCAAUGCAUUUACGAUUAAAUACUAAUUGUCCAUUCCCAUCGAUAUUUCACACAAAUAGUUUCAGUAGAAAUGCCACAAUAUUCUGUGAUUUGCUGACACUAUACCUGCUUCCCUGACAAGUAAAUAUUAGUCCCCUCGGCUUUAUUCAGAAUAAAUUCAGAGCAGUGAUAUAUUCCUUAAAAUACUCCAUACAUUUUCAGAAACAGGGUAAUUUCUAGUGCUCAUAUAGUAAAUCCUUCUUAUUUGUUGACUGAAGUGGCUAGUCAAUGUGUAAAAUGUAUAGUGUAUGUAAUUCAUUAUACUGUACAUGUACAGUAAAGGUUGUUUAUUUUCAAUAAAAAAAUUUCAUUGUCUUUCCAAAAGGUUGCAUUAAAACAGAUGUACUUUCAAAGAAAUAAAUACACAAACUACUUGAAAAAUUGAUUUUCAAGGAAUCUAUUUGCUUUUUUUUCAAAAUUCAUUUCAUCCUUUCAAAAUAACUUAAACAGAAUCCCUGAAAAAUAGCAAUCUUUACUGAGACAGAUUCUGUACACAAAGUACAAAUAUUACCACUAAUUAAAACAUUAAGUAUUGUUCAAGGCAUUUCAGAUGUAUUGGAACUUUGUAACCAGUGUAAUAGUAGCUGGUGAAUUUAAUUUGCAUCCUGGAGAUGUUUCAGUUUACUUCUGCUUGAUGUUUUAAUGAGUUCAAUCUACUUGAAUAAUAAUUUUAUUUAAAUUUUUCUUGUAGUUUUGGUUUAUUGAUUGACUUUUCAGUCCCGCUAAAUGUUGUUUUCUUUGUUAUGGAGUUAAUCCUGAUUACUUUUUUAAAGAUUUUGCAUAUCUAGGUGGGAAAAAAAUCUGGAUUGGAAUUCUCUAAAUUUGUGGUUGUUCAAAAUAAAUGUAUCUGGAUUUUCACAGUGAGAGAGGACAAAAAUGUAGGAAAAGAUUCGUAGAUAUUUCUUGUAUUUAUUUAAUCAAACCACUCACUUAAUUCUAAAACAUCAUAUUCCAGAGAAAUAUAUAUGAAGUUGAUUUUUUAUUAUUAUUUUUUUUUUUCUAAAUCAGGGUUUUUAUUUAACUUUUUAAAAUUUUUACAUUUUGUAAUUAAUGAUAUUUCAGUAUGAUUUCAGUACUGUUGUUUUUAGUCUCUCUGAUGAAA